GCUGCUGCACAGGCUGGCUGGCUGCUAACGGCUGCUCCGCGCUUUUGCCAGAGGACAGAGACUGACAUGGAACAGGGGAAGGGCUUGGCUGUCCUCAUCCUGGCUAUCAUUCUUCUUCAAGGUACUUUGGCCCAGUCAAUCAAAGGAAACCACUUGGUUAAGGUGUAUGACUAUCAAGAAGAUGGUUCAGUACUUCUGACUUGUGAUGCAAAAGCCAGUAAUAUCACAUGGUUUAAAGACGGGAAGAUGAUAGACUUCCUAUCUGCAAAUAAAAAAAAAUGGAAUCUGGGAAGUAAUACCAAGGACCCUCGAGGGAUGUAUCAGUGUAAAGGAUCACAGGACAAGUCAAAACCACUCCAAGUGUAUUACAGAAUGUGUCAGAACUGCAUUGAACUAAAUGCAGCCACCAUAUCUGGCUUUCUCUUUGCUGAAAUCAUCAGCAUUUUCUUCCUUGCUGUUGGGGUCUACUUCAUUGCUGGACAGGAUGGAGUUCGCCAGUCAAGAGCUUCAGACAAGCAGACUCUGUUGCCCAAUGACCAGCUCUACCAGCCCCUCAAGGAUCGAGAAGAUGACCAGUACAGCCACAUUCAAGGAAACCAACUGAGGAGGAAUUGAACUCAGGACUCAGAGUAGUCCAGGUGUUCUCCUUCUAUUCAGUUCCCAGAAUCAAAGCAUUGCAUUUUGGAAAGCUCCUAGCAGAGAGACUUUCAGCCCUAAAUCUAGACUCAAGGUUCCCAGAGGUGACAAAUGGAGAAGAAAGGCCAUCAGAGCAAAUUUGGGGUUUUCUCAAAUAAAAUAAAAAUAAAAACAAAUGCAGUGUUUCAGAAGCGCCACCUAUUGGGGAAAAUUGUAAAGGAAAAAUGAAAAGAUCAAAUAACCCCCUCGAUUUGAAUAUAAUUUUUUGUGUUGUAAUUUUUAUUUCGUUUUUGUAUAGGUCAUAAUUCACACGGCUCAAAUAUUCAGUGAAAGAUCUCCCUCCACCGCCAUCCCCUGCUACCCAGCGACCCAGUUGCCCUCUUCAGAGACAAAUUAGUUUCUCUUUUUUUUUUUUUUUUUUUUGAGACAGUCUUGCUCUGUCGCCCAGGCUGAAGUGCAGUGGCACCAGCUCGGCUCACUGCAACCUCUGCCUCCUGGGUUCAAGCGAUUCUCCUGCCUCAGCCUCCUGGGCAGCUGGGAUUACAGGCACACACUACCACACCUGGCUAAUUUUUGUAUUUUUAGUAGAGACAGGGUUUCGCCCUGUUGGCCAAGCUGGUCUCGAACUCCUGACCUCAAGUGAUCCGCCAGCCUUGGCCUCCCAAAGUGCUGGGGUUACAGGUGUGAGCCACCAUGCCCGGUCUUAAAAUUAGUUUCUUAUAUAUCUCUCUGGAGGUAUUCUAGGCGUAUAUGAGCACAUUCUCAAGUAUAUAUUAUCCUCUCUUCCCCCAUCUUUUAGACAAAUGAUAUCAAACUAUACAUCUUGUGAGAUUAUUGCAUGCCAUUAUAUGAAGAACUCCUUUUUAAUGCAGCCAUAUUGUACAAAUAGACUAUGAUUUCUUUAACCUGUUAUCUAUCA